AUUUACUACCCCUAUCGGCUGUCGCGGACGUAGUCGGCACUCAGUUCUUAGUGUGCCACGUGCCCAGGACCAAGAUCGUGCAGCUCGAGACCGCGGUGUUCCUAGCUUUGAAUUUGUGCCCUUCUUACUCGCGAUGGUCGGACAAUUCACAAGGAGACAAUGGCUGACCCUCAUCGUCAUAAGCAUUGCCGAUUUUGCAAACGCGAUCUGCGUUUCUCUCCAAGCACCUUUUUACCCCAGAGAGGCAGAACGUAAAGGUGCCACACCAUCGGAGUACGGGCUUGUUUUCGGAAUUUUUGAAUUGGUCGUAUUUUUCAUCAGUCCAAUAUACGGUCAACACCUCAAUCGCAUAGGUCCAAAGCUGCUUUUCAACGGUGGAAUAUUGACUACUGGGACCUGCGCAAUAUUUUUCGGUCUUCUGGACAGGGUCGAGGGACACUAUCCAUUCAUAAUUCUCUCCUUCGCUAUUCGGAUCGUAGAAGCCUUGGGCAACGCGGCAUUCCUGACGGCCAGCUUCGCUAUAAUUGCCAAAGAAUUCCCCGACAACGUCGCCACAACAUUCGCCAGUCUUGAGACCUUCUUUGGCUUGGGCCUUAUCGUGGGGCCCACCGUCGGUGGAGCCUUGUAUCAGAUCGGAGGUUACACAACGCCGUUCGCUGUCCUGGGUUCGGCGCUUUUCCUGGCCGCAGUGAUGACAUCAUUCGUGCUACCAACUCACGGGCAAAGCGCAGAGGAUACCCAACUGGCCGGAGGUUUCCUAAGAGUCCUAAGGAUCCCCGGAGUAAUGGUCGCAUCAGCAUCGAUAAUCGCGACUAGCAUGAGUAUUGGAUUUCUGCAGGCAACCUUGGAGCCCCACCUGCGUCCCUUCAAACUGAGCCCAGUAGUCCUGGGGCUGAUGUUCGUCAUCAAUGGUGGCUUUUACGCCAUGACGGCGCCAGCCUGGGGAUGGAUAUGCGACAAGCACUCAAAGCCACAGGUCGCAACGAUAGCCGGCUGCCUCCUGGUCAUGGUAGGAUUCGGGCUUGUGGGUCCAGCGCCAUUCAUCCCUUGCGAUACGUUGAUCUGGCUGACCGUUCUGGGCCUGGUCAUUCACGGAUUCGGAAUGGCCGCACAGCUGGUAGCCAGCUUCACCCACGCCCUAAGAGAGGCGAUAGCCCAUGGUUUCGCUAACAACCUGGAGACCUACGGUCUAAUAAGCGGACUGUGGACGAGUACUUUCGCUUUGGGGGCUUUCAUCGGGCCCAGUAUUGCCGGAAUUCUACUGGAGACCAUCGGAUUCAGGAAUGCCUCAAUGUUCAUAGUCAUGCUCCACCUUCUUGUGGCAAUCGUCGCCAGCCUUUCGUUAAGCUGUUGCUCGGGUGGUCCUAAGCCCUUCACGGAGAUCGGUUCUACGGAUGACAUAAGGGCGCCUAUAUUGAACAGCGGAAGGGACGACAGUUCAAGUUUGCCACUCGGCGGCCGAGCUCAGGGUGUUCCGAUAGACAGACCGAGUGGGAUGAACUCUCUGAUCGCGUGCAACAGUUAUUCGAACAAGGCCAACGCCUGGUCCCGAGCUUCUUGCAGUGGAAGGUAUUCGUACAGUUACGGUUCGUCUGAGCGCAAACGAUACCUGGAGAGCACGACGUGAUAUUCACGCGGCAGAAAACGAGGAGUAGUUCAGCCAAUUGUCGUCACAUCUGGAAACCGAACCCGGACGAAUAGGUACGAUCAACCUUGCCGAUGGACUUCGACACUGUCCUUGAUGGUCAUCGACAACCGGUUCGACCGUAAUAAAACCCUCAACGAUUUCCCAUAAGUCGAUGGUUCUUUUUAUCCGCUUAACAGAAUCCGGUAUUUCUCGUGAAAUGCAUACAUACCUAUACAUAUGUAUAUGUAUAAUUGUAUAUACAGGGGAAAUAGUUGCCGUAUGACAAUUCCCAUAUUAAUAUAUUGUUACGUCAUUGCGCGUUUCGUAAUUCAUUACUUUUUGUUAUUAUAGAUUGUUUUAAUUAUUGUUGUUAUACGUUUGAAAAGAAGAAUUUAUCAAUUUUUAUCGUUGUUUUGCUGAGUACGUAUUACAUGGCAGUACAGACUGCGAUCACAUCUGUGCACCCUGGGUUUAGUAUUCUUAUUAAAACUCUCUUACGAUCAAGCUGAUCAAACCUGAAAUCAUAUGUUUUAACCGGCUGCGCCAUACGUUGAAUGCAUUUAUACUAAAGUCCUUGUAUAAAAAUAUAUUCGCGUUAUUCAGAGAACGGGAAUCUCCGUUUACUUUAAUCAAAUGCAUCAUAAGUCGAAUGCAUGUAUACUGAAAUUCUGUUUUAAAAAUAAAUUUACGUUGUUCAGAGAACGAUAUAGUACGUUUCUCCAAAUCUUGGCGAUUUCAAGAUGCCAUUGUUUCGUUAUUUAUCCCCUUAAUGAUCCGCACAAACUCUUGUGAAUAUUUGCGAGAGAGUUUUAAGCACAUCAAUAUGAGUCACAGGCUGUAUAUCACGAAAUAAAAAUGAUAAUUUAUGAUAAUU